AUGAUGCUGAUGAUACAAGGACAAAUGGGCUUCCACCCAAGAAUAAAAUGUCGGGGGUUUUUGGUAGUUCUGCUUUUUGUAUCAUUUGCUGUCAGCUUAGAUUUCACUAAGGAUGAAGAAGAAGAAUGUCUUAACCACUUAUUAGAUCCAGCAACCGGGCAGAUUGAUGAUAAUGUGGCUGAGCUGUUAUGGACGAGUUGCAAACAAUAUCUGAAGGAAGCUUAUGAAGAUCCCAAGUUACAUCUUUCGGACGAAACACGAAGAAGAGCCAAUGAUAUCUAUAAAAGAAGUCACUCAUUAGCCAAAGAAAGUUUUCAGAAAUUGAUUAACGUUCUCCGUCCCCAGUUAAAGCGAUCUCUUUCCGUCUGCAUAAGAAAGAAUAAACUUCUAUUCCAAGAAACUGGAAAAGACAGUGGCUUCAAGACUUGUUAUCCCCCUUAUUCUGAGUCAUUGAUCCGCUGGUGUGAGGUUUCUAGGAGUGGUUUAACUAGUCAGAGCUUUGCAGUAGACUCUGUCUCGAACUCACGCCGAUCUUCGGCUCCAGCCCCCUCUCUUUCGUAUGAAUCUCCUGAUUCUAGUACAGAUCUAUCGCUAAGUGUCAAAUUAUCAACUUCUCAACUAACUAUACAUAAGAAACAAACUGAAGCUGUUGCUAUAGAAGAAGAAUUAGAAGAGGAAGAGGAAGACCAUACAAUAAUUUUUAUUGCUUGUGUCGCCACUGCAGUAGUAACGUCUCUUAUUGCAUUAGUGGUACUAUUUAUCUGCUGUCGUAAUGAUUCUGGAUCUACAUUAAAUGAUGAGAGCCCCCUUCUCAGUUUGAGGAGUGAUGCCUCAGGUGGUUCUUCUCUUGCCGCUGGAUCUAGUCAAGAAUCAAGCUUACAGAAAAAUGCUUCAACUAAUGGCAUUGAAUCUGAUGCUCUACAAAACUCCUUGGAUGGAAAUGCAUCAGAUGGAAAUGUCGCCAAUGCCUUACCUGAAUCUUCUGAGACACCACCAGACAAUGCCGGUUUGCAAUUACCGUUGCCUCCAGGAAGGGCUGCUCCAGGUGGAUUACCUCCUGGAAAAGAUGCUCCUCAACCUCCUGCCCCACCAGCUAAUGCUCCUCCUCCACCACCACCUCCCUCUGCAGGCCCUCGACCUCCUCCUCCACCUGCACCUCCAGGUGCUAAACCAGGUCCUCCACCACCUCCUCCUCCAAAAGGUGGUGCUGGUGCUCCUCCACCACCUCCUCCAAAGGUGUGCUGGUGUGGCUCAGGGGAGGCUAAAGCCAAACUGAAGCCAUUUUUUUGGGAUAAAGUUGCAAAUACCCCUGAGCAAGGACAGGUGUGGAAUCAGAUUAAAGCGGGAUCAUUCCAGUUCAAUGAGGAGAAGAUAGAAACACUGUUUGGGUAUACACCCGUUGAGAAGAGCAAGAGUGAUAAAAAGGAGCCAACCAAGAAGGAACCUCUGUUUAUUCAACUCCUAGAUCCCAAGAAAGCACAAAACUUAUCAAUCCUUUUGAAGGCAUUGAAUGUGACAUCAGAAGAAGUUUCUGAUGCACUUGUUGAAGCAAAUGAGCUCCCCACUGAGCUUCUCCAAAAUUUAUUGAAGAUGGCACCGACAGAAGAGGAAGAACUCAAACUUAGACUGUUCACUGGUACAAUGACUCAACUGGGGCCUGCUGAGCGGUUCCUGAAAGUCUUGGUUGACAUCCCUCAUGCUUAUAAAAAGAUGGAAACACUGCUGUUUAUGUGCACUCUUCAUGAUGAUCUUACCGCUACUAGAGAAUCCUUUCAAACAUUAGAGUCUGCUUGCAAGGAACUUAAAAGCAGCCGUCUUUUCUUCAAGCUCUUAGAAGCUGUCCUUAAAACCGGAAAUCGCAUGAAUGACGGGACAUUCCGUGGCGGUGCACAAGCUUUCAAACUUGACACACUUUUGAAGUUAUCAGAUGUCAAAGGAAUAGAUGGUAAGACAACACUAUUGCACUUUGUGGUUCAAGAAAUAACACGCACUGAAGGUUUGAGAGCUGCCCGGGUUGCAAGAGAAAGCAAAAGUUUUAGUAGCAUAAAAUCCGAAGAUCUUCUUGAGGAUGCUUCCCCCGAUGAAGAAGAGCAUUACCGCAGCCUUGGUCUCCAGAAGGUUUUCAAUCUGAGUAAUGAGCUUGAAUAUGUCAAGAAAGCUGCUGCUCUUGAUGCUGAAAACAUAACAGCAACUGUUGACAGAAUUGGACAAACAAUGGUGAAAGCACGUAAUUUCUUGAACACGGAGAUGAAGCAUAGCGACGAAAAAAGUGGUUUUCACGACACACUAAAGAGUUUUGUGCAUAAUGCUGAGCCGGAUGUCAUGUCGUUGCUUGAGGAGGAGAAGAAAGUAAUGGAUUUAGUGAAGAGCACCGGCGAUUACUUUCAUGGUAAUGUGAAAAAGGAUGAGGGCUUGCGAUUGUUUUCCAUUGUUCGAGAUUUUUUGGUUAUUUUGGAUAAGGUGUGCAAAGAGGUUAAAAAUUGCCCUAUUAAGCCACCACCUAAAAAGCAGGGGUCCAAUGUAUCAUCUACCUCUGAGUCUCGUGCUGCACCACCUUCUCCUGAUCCUCGUGCCACACCACCUUUUCCUGAUCCUCGUGGCGCACCACCUUCACCUGAUCCUCGUGGCGCACCACCUUUUCUGAGGAGGAGAAGAAAGUGUGCAAGAGGGGUCCAAUGUAUCUACCUCUGUGCUCGUGCUGCACCACCUUCUCCUGAUCCUCGUGCCACACCACCUUUUCCUGAUCCUCGUGGCGCACCACCUUCACCUGAUCCUCGUGGCGCACCACCUUUUCCUGAUCCUCGUGCCACACCACCUUUUCCUGAUCCUCGUGCCGAACCACCUUCACCUGAUCCUCAUGCUACACCACCUUCUCCUGAUCCUCCUGUAGCACCACCUUUUCCUGAUCCUCGUGCCGCACCACCUUCUCCUGAUCCUCCUGCCGCAACACCUUUUCCAGAUCCUCGUGCCGAAUCACCUUCUCCAGAUCCUCUUGCCGAACCACCUUCUCCAGGUCCUCUUGCCGAACCACCUUCGCCUUCCCCUGGACCUCCUGCUGCACCACCGCCUCCUUCUCCUGGUCCUCGUGCUGCACCGCUGCUUUCUCGUCCUCCUGCUGCACUACCACCACGUCCUGAUCCUUGUCAGAAGCUUGCUAAUGCAAUUUCUCAGCAAAGGGUGGAUGAUUCUAGUUCUGAUUCGAGUUCAGAUGAGAAUAGUUAA